CAACAACAACAACAGGAGAAGAGCGGCGAUCGGCACGAGAAGGCCUCCAGAUAUGACAAAAGGCAAAGAUAUCCAAAUACUGGCGACAGGAGUGAUAGGUCUGACCGAACGGACGCCAGAGGACACGACAGGAGUGACCGGCAGUCGCAGCCGACAUCCAGACCGCCGCCCAAAAGCGCCGCUAAUGACCGGCAUUACGACGAAAACACGAUUAACGCAACCAAUUAUGAAGUGAAUAAAAGGCAAAGCAAUGAAUUGGAAGACAAUUAUGUGCAUAAAGAGGACAAACACCACCGCAGACCCAAACCACAGACACAACAACAACAUCAGGAGCGCCACAAUGAGCCCAAUCUGGACCGCAAUCCUCCCGAACGGCACAAACUGGACAAAUACGAAGACUACGAGGACUACUAUAACGUGGAGUUCGAGCCGAAUCGGGCCCCGAAAGCCGACCAUCGAAGCGUUAAUCAUCGGUUCAAUUCCAACAACAGUCACAACACGAUUGCCGGCCAACGGACAGGCGGUCCGACACAACCGGGCGGUGAAGUGUCCGCCGCCGGAGGUCAUCAUCGAAACGAUGGCAAUUACAGGUCAAGCAAUGAUAGUAAACCGUUUCGGCCGCCGAAACAGCACCAGAUGGAGGCCACGUCUUCGCCGGCCACUACCGCCUCCGCCGCGCCGACAGCUUCGGGUCCUAAACGCAACUUCGGGCCAAACAAAUCGCAACACAACCACCGAUACGUGAAGACUUUCGAGCAACAGAUUCCGCCCCGUUUUCUCAAACAACAACAAUUGAAAAAACAGCAAAACGAAAUGUCUGAACACAACCAACAAAUGCAUUACGAAAGUCAACGGCGAGAUUCGCUCCGAGAGUUACCACCGGCGGCCGCGCAGACGGCGCCCGACGCGACCGAAUCGGCACCGCAUCGGGGGCUCAUCCGGUUGCCCAACAAUCAGGUGUCGGCCAACGAUUGGACGCAACAAUCGCCGCCACAACAACAGCCAAACGCCGGCCACAGCGGUGGCCAUCACAUGACGCGACAGCCGGUCAACGCCAGUAAGCCGUGCGUUGCCAUACGGCCGACACAACACGUGCCGACUGCGGACAACAAUCCUCACCUGCAGUACACGCCGUCGUCAUCGCCGGACACGAACUCCUCCGCAACGGUCGACAAUUAUCAACAACUGUCGCCGUACUUAAGGUCGCGCGACGAGUACGCGAUACCGCACUUCAUGUCCGCGGCGUCGGUGGAGAAUGCGGACAAUUCGCGCCGCAAACUGAAGCCAAUCAUCGAGAAGAGUCUGUCGGAGGCCACCUCUGCCGAGAACGACCUCUCCUACUGCCACGACCCGCAAAAAGUGGAACAAAUUCGCUACCGAAUCCAACUCCGGUACGAACACAUCAUACUUAACGACCUCCGGGUCUGCGCCGAGACUAACAUCGAGCAGAGACUGUGGAAAUCGGCGUUCUAUCAGUACAUCGAACAGUACAGACGACUCAUGGAACCGGUGCCACAGGCGGGCGCCGCCACCACCACAGCCGCCGCCGACGGCCAACAACAGCAACAACAGGCGGACCUCAAGACGUCGUUGCAUAAGAUCAUCGACGAGGCGUCGCUAUUCUUCGAGAACCUAUUGGUCAAAAUGCAAGAGACGUACGGCUUUGUGAUCGAGAAGCUGUUGGCCCAC